UCAUUGCAACGCGAUUUCGAUUCCUGGAAGAUCGAGAGAAAACGGUGACUCCUCGGCGAUUGACCCUCCGCGAUUGCUUUUACAUCUGGACGCCUGACCCAACUAGCGCUCUUUGGCGAGACACCCACCUUCGUGAUUUGCGUCUAGCUCCUUGUUUCCAUCGGUUGUAGCAGUCAUGCAGGCUGUACGGAGCUCGAUCGCUAGGCGUCUGGUCGUAGGCCAGAGCCGUGGCAUGGCCACCCGCUCCGGAGCUCGCGAGGAUUUGUUGCUCGAAAAGGACCCAGCUCUCAGCAAGUAUCACUCAGUGAAGGACACUGUUUCGGCUAUCAAACGAUUUGGAGACGUUCUCGUCAUCCUCGUUGCAGCUGGUGCAGUUUUCGAAAUCGGCUGGAAGGUUCAGGAGAGAAAUGCUGCUCGAGCUGAGGAGUCCAAGAGUGCAGUUGCAAGUCAAAGUGCAGAGUAGAUUAUUCGAGUGAGGGCGCAGUUUGCAAUAUCACCCACUGAUAGCAUGGUCAUAGCGAUUUCUUGCAUGUACAUAUGACGAAUAAGCCUCUGUUUGCAGGCUCACUUGAUUGGGGUACUGCAUUUUUUAUGCCGGCUCAAUCUUUUUCAUAAUUCAGCUGGAGUCUAGUGUCUUCUUGCUGGUAAAUAGACUUGUUGGUUUACAUAUCCAUGUGUUUGUGGAUGCAAA